UUUUAGUACUUAUUUGAAUGUAUAAAUAUUCACCGCUUAUCUUCGAGUUUCAGUUGGUAGCCUCUGAAUGAUACGGAAAGGAGACACUCCUUAAGUUUCCAAUCAUGCUGCUUCUGUCUGUUGCCCUGCUGACACUGGUGUUGCACGCGCGCAGCGUUGGCGCCGAAGAUCUGAUUUUCUUCGCAUUCGUUCCGGAAGUCAUCUCUGAGGGACAGCCCAACAACUGUAUAACACUGGUACGGUUUGGUACCGCUAAUGGAAGCAUCACAGUUAACUACACCAUCAGUGGAAUUGGGAUGACAUCCCCUGAUGAUUUUAUGGCAGAGAAUAACUCAACUGUUUUUCCUAAUGAUACGACAUCGCUGAAAAUCCCAAUUGUUUUGAACGACAACUCCGUCUGUGACAGUAGUCGAUUGAUAGUGGUAACGAUCACAGGCAUCGAUAAAGGACCUGUACCAGAUUCUAACGUGAGGCAAUUCAUCGUGAUUGAUGACGAUGGGGAAUGGACCGCUUGGGACACAUCGGAGGGACCUUGUAACUGUGACACGGACUUGCGAGAGAGGGUUAGGAAUCGAACGUGCAACGACAAGGGAAUUGCCGGGCGAACGUGCGACGGAUCUAGCUUCAUAAACGAUACUGUAUCCUGUGCUGGCGAUCCUGCUUGCACAACUACAACUACACAGAUGCCAAACACGACAACCCCUUGGACAGCCUGGUCAGCACCGUGGACAGCCUGGUCAGCACCGUGGACAGCCUGGUCAGAACCACGGAGAUGGCGCUCACCACCACGGAGAUGGUGGUCUGCUCCGUGGAGACGGUUUCGUGGCUGGAGAGGCUGGAGAGGCUGGAGAGGCUGGUCGGCACCACACCCUUCGACAGAUCCUACCAACUGGUCAGAGUGGGGACCUGACGGGCUAUGUUCAGCAACCUGCGACGGCCUCCAAAGAGAGUUAAGAACAAGGACUUGCAACAGCCCCGGGGCUGCCCUUAACGAGACAAGGUCUGUCCGUUGUUCCCCUCCAUGCCCAUGGACAACCGGUUAACACAGAUCUUGGCAAACCACGUGGACACCAAUUUGAACAUUUCUAGUUCAUUAAAAUAUGCAUGUGAAAACA